UCAUAAUCUGGAUACACAUUUGAACAAAAUAUCUCUAUCUUAAAUUGUCUACCCACCCACAAUUCAAUUGCUAACAUUUUCGACGUCAUAUUGGACGUUGUUCCACUUGAAAAGUCGAAAGAGCUUGGAGAUGAAUUAAGGAGUUUCACCUGCCCAAUAUUAAAUCACAGCGGAGACGCUUCGCGUGUCAUGCUGAAACAAUGUAAUCUCCGUGCGAAAAUAGGAAGUAAUUUGGCCCUGUAUUAUGGGGCUUACUUACUUACAGUCUCUAUCGUAACGAUGGUAUUCGUAUUUAGAAUCGAUACCAAAGAGGAGCAAAGACCGAAGCUUGAAGAAAAGCACCUCUUGGUGUGUCGCAAUUAAGUCGGAAAUUUCAGUACCACUAGUCACACAAGGUAUUUGUGACCUUCUGGCAGGGAGAAGGAGAAAAAAACUCACGGCUUAAAAUUCUAACAAUGGUAAAUAGUCAGCUAUGAAGGCACGUGAAGUCAGAAUAUCAUAAAUUCCAAAACUUGCGUCGUAUUGAAUCUACCAGUCCGGAUUUCAUGACUGCUCCAUGAAGUCAAAACAUAGUUUUUGCCAAUUAUAACAAAAUUAAAAGAGAAGAGAAAGGAUACUAAAGGAAUGAAAAGGUGCCCAAAAAAAAAAAACCAUGUUUGUCACAAGAAACUUGAAAACGUCAAUAAAAAACAGAGAAUUAGAUGCGAAAACUCAAACUUGGGGUAAUCAUGCCUGACAAAGCAAGGUUGCCAUAGAAACAAGGCAGAGUCCCAUAAAUAAGGCUUUUUUGCGUGUGUUUUUUGUUCAGCUUUUCCAACUUACUUAUACACUCAGUAAACAACUUGGUUCAUUGCAUUUUGAUUACUUUUCUUGUUAUAAACGUAUAAAGUUUCCCCCUCACCUACCAGUCACCUCGGUACUGGGUACAAUUUAAAUUCAAAUCCGUCAGUAGGAAAAUUAAUUUUUAGUUUUUGAUUUGGAAAUAUACAUUUCCUUUAAAUAAUUUACUUUGCGAUCAGUGAUUGUUUGUUAGUUGUGCGGCCGGUGUCUAAAAAUCUCUCCUAACAAGGAAUUAAGACUUUGACAGGAAGUGCGUAGUAGGUAAUUUGUCUUAAAGUGUUUCGUAGUAAAAGCCUCAACCUUAGUAUUUUUUUCUUGAUAUUACUAAAUUAAGGAUUGAACUUUGCAGGGAUACUAAGAAUUUACGAUAUGAAACAUGGGCAUGGAAAAUAUGCGAUCUGAAAAACAGGCCAUUUCCGGUUGCUUCCCAUAUGCUUCAAAAAGGACCAAAAAGUGAUAACAGCCACAGGCUAACGAAAAAUUCCCGUGAGCUAAUGUUUUCACCCAUAUACGCCUAAGGAUACGGCAUUACAAAUAUGGUUUUGGCUUAGUCUGAAAUUAAUUGUACUUUUCUAAAAGAGAGAUUGAAAGGUGGCCAAAAUUGUACUAAAAUCAGCCUCAGGGGACCCCUGAGGGGCUGAUAUCCAGAACUCGGCUAAAAAUGGUCGUUGAACCUGAAACUUUGGCAUAUUACAUAAAUACACAUAACGACUUUGUGAAAUCGGCCGACCUUCAUUUCCAAGUCUGCCCCGGUCUCUCAGGCAGAAGCUCUUAAGUCACUUAGAAUAUGCUGUGUUUAAAAAAGAACACUGCGAGGAAAAAUACAUUUUUGUGAAUAAAUCGCGCGCAGUUCGAGCUUUUGAAAUAAUUUAUUUGCAUAGAAUUUGCAGAUGAAAUGGUAAUCACUGAUCACGCAUGCAUGAUUUGACGUUAGAAUUGUUCUUUGGGAUAAAAUCGUUCCUUGAAGGUCUACGCUAACCUUCAGGAGUCUGAUCUAAAGGAAACAGCAUCUAGCCCUGUAUCCACACCAAAAUAAUUGCUAAUAUUAGGACGUAAUAAAGUAAAAGGUAAUUCAACAUAUGUUAUGUGAUUGACGUUGUCAAACCACAGAAUUUGUUUAAUGGCAGGUGAAAACUGUUCAACAGCCAUUUAUCGGACUUGAGCCAACAUAAAUUAAUCAUGCUACAUAAACUGCGUGGUACCAUUGAUGAAAAUGCAGAUUCUGUCCUUGAAGAGGGUCUUUUACUCACGUUCUCCUGAGAAAUAGUGAAACAUGGGAGCGACAAAGAUCUUUCUCUUCGUAUCAAUAAUCGUUGCCAAAAACAAUUUGGAGCUAGCAGCCACGGAAUGCAAUGGAAAAUGCGAGUUGAGCCACCUAAAUCACCAUGAAAAAGGAAUUAAAAAUCGCGCCAUGGUGGGUCACAGUUUUAGAAACUUUACACUACCGAAAACUUACGAUUGCCAUGUAAAGUGCUUCGAUGAAAAAUGCAGAUGUCAAGCAUUCCAGAUAUCGGGGCAGCGCUGCGAGUUGUUGGGCGAAGACAGAAUGUCGGCUCCAGAUGACUUUGUUAGAAAAGAUGGAUACGCCUAUUUUGACAUGAGUAGANUUUAUGAACUAGGACUAAAUUGCCCUUUUCAGAUUUCUGUGGGAAGUGCAUGCUCAGAAAAACCUUGUACCAACCAGUGUUGCAGCCAGAAUCCGUGUCUUCAUGGAGGAUCCUGUACGGUGUUGUGCGAUCAUCCCAAACGCAAGUUUAAAUGCAUCUGCAUAGGGGAAUACUUCGGUAGAUUUUGUCAGAAGCGGAGAGCACGAUCCUGCAAGGAGAAACUUGAAAUGGACACGGCAGCCUCGUCUGGAGUGUAUGCUUUAUUUGAUCCGACGAACAUCUCUAUCUACAAAACCUUCUGUGAUUUUAAAUCUGAAAAUAACUCUGUUUGGACUCUUGUCGAGUCAUUCAGCCUGGCUAAUAACCACGAGUUUGCCAACACGCCAUUUUAUGUGGACAACCCUGACAAGAAAAAAGCCUUCAGUUGGAAUAAGUUCCGUUUAACGCUAUCCCGGAUGGACAUGAUUGCCAAGCACUCCACUCACUUUCGAGCCACAUGCAAUUUUAAUACCGAUGGUCUCAUUUACAUCGAUUAUUUAAGAGCAAAAUUUACUGAUAUCGAUGUGAUGCAGUUAAAAUACGACGGAUGUAAGAAAUACGAAUACAUCAACAUCCGCCGCUAUGGUUGCGAAAAUUGUACCGCUGACUUUGUUCAACAAGAUCGUUGGCACGCACAUGUUGAUUCAUAUUAUGGAUCGUUUUAUAAAGGAUGUCAGCUGAAAAGUCCCCGAACAGGAGCAGUCAAAGACCCAGGAGGGGAAGAUAAUUUCGGUUAUUACGAAACAGUAAACCCUGUCCAUAGGUGCUCAUCAAGUCGUGAUUCUACGACGCAGUGGUGGUUCGGAGAGCAAUUAGAGUAAAGUUUACAUUCCUAAGAGCAACUCUCUGUAACUAUGUAGAACUUGACGACAGAAUUUCUUUUAUUGCGUCAAAAAAGACCCUUUUUGUGAACUGUGUUACAAACACACGUUAUAAACACAGUAAUUUACACUUUGAUCAUCAUCAUCAUCAUCUUGAAGUAAAAACGUUUGCCGCGCAGUUUGAAAAAUACAGAUAUCACAAUUUAAUUUACAAACCAAAUUUCCACUUAUUUGAGAGGGUCUUAACUCUUCUAGUAUACGAAUAUCUCGCCAAGUAAGACGUAUGAUAUGGUUAUAGGAUAUCUAAAUGGUUUGCUUGGCCUGUGAAAAUUAAGCGCGCUGGAAGAAAAACUAUGAAGGGCAUUUUGACCAAUUGCGCUACCUUUAGACGGCCGAGCGAAAAUUGCAUGGCGUGACGGGCGUUGAAGUCGUUCCGGGUACACAUACAAUUUAUCUGUUCACUCGGGAUUGUUCCCUCUUUUUUUAAAGAAAAAAAUAAGAGAACUAAUAUCAAGAGAUAACCAAGGAAGAGGAAACGAUGCUUUUUCUCCAUUUAUUCACCAAGGUUGCUAAAAUUUGAAUACAGGACCGAUCUUUUCACCUUGAAGGCCGACAUUUUGCCAAAAUCUUCUGCUCGGUCCGAUUUCUAGAGCUUUGUCAUCUAUAACCAAGGCUUAUUCUAAGGUAUGAUUUAAGUUAUUACACCGAUAAAUGAUCAAAGCAAAAUGCUAAAUUUUGCAUAAAUUCC